CCGCCUGAUGCUGGGUUUGGCGCCGUCUCGAGUUCUGCUUGGAGUCCUCCUGAGUUGCAAAGCCCAUGCCCAAUGCAGCUGAUUCACCGCUCUCUUUUUCGACCGGAGAAAUCGAUCUGCCGGCAGUGUGAACAUCGCCAAACGAAGUGAGAUUCAUGUGAAGUCUCGCAACCCCAACCUCUUAUUUCGAAUCUCACUUUGCGAUAUUCUCACACUGUCGGUGUAUAUCUUUUCAACCUCGACCGUCUCUCUCUGUCUCUCUCUAGUCCUUUCCUCUCCCACAACCAUUCUGUCUGUCAAGCCUUGUAGAGAUGGAAACUCCAAUCAGAAAGCGACGACACUCAAACAUGCAAGCAUUUAGCUCUGCGUUCGAUCAGAAUCCCACCUCCGUCACUUCUUCCCCAAGUGAGAUCGGAUCUCAUCUUCCCAGCAUGAUUGACCCCUCCCUCACUGAUGCAAACGCCUACCAAUAUGUCACUGAACUUCCAAACCAGACUCAACCUGAAUCUCCAACUCUUGACGACUUCAGCAUGUUCAGCGACGACACGCAAUUUGUCGACAUGAUGAAAUCAGCUAUUGGUGACGGUGAAGAGUCUGCAACCACUCAUGUCGGUCCAGUUCUCACCACUCCAGAAACCGACGAUCCAGCAGAGUUCAUUCGAGACGCUCUCAGUACCAAGAUCGUCAUCCCCGAGGGUCUUGAGCAUGCGUUCGGAGGAAAGAAAAGCGUUGCCUUCGAAGAGUGGUCCCCGGAAAAGAAGAACACAAGCAGUGGAUCUACCUCCCCAGAAAAGAAGAACACAAGCAAUGGAAAGACAAAGUCUGUGACUCCAAAGGCUGCGGCCACCCCAAGACGAGCAAGCAAUGGUCAAAGUCGUUCCCCUGUCAAGGCGUCCCCUCAAACCACUCCAACCCGUCGUCAAGGUCCAUCCACUUCUUCGCCAACUAUGCCGCCGCCAGCUAAGCGAGUGCGGCCCAACAUUGAGCAACUCUUCGCCAACCGCACCCCAAUUGACGAUGAGGCUCUCCUAGCGGACUUCAACGCCCAGCAAGGUCGUCCAACCUACCAGAUCAUUCCAACCGGAUCCUUGUCCGCGUAUUUCAGAGAUGCCAAAGCACACGCCAACUUCAAAUGGCUCAAUCGCACCUUGGAUGAUCCUGAACCACCUCCAUCACAACUCUGUCGCCAGACUGGCUAUGACUUCCCUGUGCCGGCAGUGACUGGUAUGUUGACCAUGAAAAGCAACCAGAAGCAGCCGACGAACAACCCGGGAGUCACCUCGAUUGGUGGUCCAGUUGCGCCUUGCUACGCGAAUCUCUUCCCGCAAUUCGAAACCCCGCAAGCUCAACUUCCAGCAAUGCAGAAUCAGCAGCUCAAUAUGCAACCACCACGCACUCCAAUUGCGCAACAACCACAGACUCGAGUCAUGCAAACAGUUGCUACACCUGCCACACCACGUUCCGGUCCAGCUUAUCGAUUCACAUCUGCCCAAGUCCAGUCUCGUUCGUCGACUCCAACUCCAGAAUCUCGUCGAGUGUUGAGCCAGCAGCCGAUUCCAAUGCAGCAAGUGUCGCCGACCACCAAGAACAAUCAAAGCGACGACGAUGGCAGCAACACCACGAUCGCCAUCAGCACCACUCCUGCACUCAGCUUUGACGAUGCCCAAGUCGAAACCAACACUGCUGCUACCCUACGUGCCCUUGGGGCGGAUGUCAUCAACUUCGAUGCACAACCACCACAAGUCGACGGCAACUAUUCUCCACCAGAUCCCGAAUUUGGCGACAUCGACUUCUCCACUGUGGAAAUCGACCUCAACUUCGACUUCGACAGCGUCGCUUGGAACUGAAAAUAGCCUCAGGUUGGAUAGCUCAUCGUCAGGUAUCAUGGAUGCAGAAUGGAUAGUUCAGAG